GGUUUUGUGCUCGCGCAGUGAACAUCUGCGCGCGCGGCUGCAUGUUUUACUCUCGGUGUUGAAAUUUGUGCGCGUGAAAGUGGUUCUGUGCUCGCGCAGUGAAUAUCUGCUCGCGCUGAUUAUUGGCAUUAAAUUGACGACAUACUGGAGGCCGUCGCACACAACACCGCGUCUUUUGAGACUCUGUUUGUGCUGUGAGGUUUGGCGACGUUGGCACGAUGGCUGAGACUCCUCUGUGUUCUGCGCUGCUUAUUUUUGGGGUUUUCACCUGGGCCCAUGGGGACACAAAGGUCAGGUUUGUGAAGACGAGACCUGGAGAGGGAGUUACCCUCACCUGUUCCACGACACUGAAGGGCCAAGAAGCCCUUACUCUGUACAAGACUCUGCUCAAGCCAGAAAAGGUUUUCUACCUCAACUGUGAUCCACAUCAGCUGACAGUAGAGCAGCCAUUCCAGGGUAGAGUGGCGACAGCUGGAGAAUUUUCAGCACUCUCUGUAACCAUUAGCAACCUGACUGCCAUCGACUCUGGCUUUUACUGGUGCCAAUACAAUAAAUACAAUAUGCACACCCAUCAGCUGGAUGAGUGCCAGGGAGAAAGCCCGGUUACAGUGGUGCACAUCACUGACUCACCCAUCUGUGAGAGCCUGACCACCACCGAACCGCCCAUCAGCGUUGCCGCAAAUAAAGGAUGCCCUGCUGGUGAUGACACGACGGUCCUGGUCCUCACCGGACUGCUAAGUGCCAGCUUUGCGUUCCUAGCAUCUGUCCUUUUACUCAUCUGCGUCAUUCCCAAGGUGAAAAGAUUUCAUGAGAAGAGGGGGCAAUUUGAUCAUCGCACUCAUGACACUGUUUACGAAGAAAUGCAACCGAAGUUGCGCCAGUGACCCCCGGCCCCGGACACGUUUAUGCUCAUCACAUAUAUAUGUGUGUGUGUGUGUGUGUGAGUGAGUCUGUGUGUGUGUCU